AUGGCCAUUACAAAGUACAAGGCCGCAGCGGCUGGUGUGCAAAAGACUAUCGACUUUAUUGAAGAAGCCGGCGACAAGGGAUGCAAGUUGAUUGGUUUCCCUGAAGUUUGGCUCCCUGGCUACCCUGGCUGGCUAUGGAUAUAUAGCUAUGGGCAGAACUUGCCAUUGAUGCAAAAGUACCGCGAAAACUCCCUCGCAGUAGACUCAGAAGAAUUUCGACGCAUCAGACGCGCGGCACGUGAUAACAGUAUCUUUGUAUCCCUCGGCUUUGCUGAGAUCGAUCAUGGUACGAUUUUUAUGUCGCAGGCGUUGAUCGAUCCUCAUGGCAACGUGAUUAACCAUCGCCGCAAGAUCAAGCCUACGCACUAUGAGAAGGUUCUCUUCGGCGACGGUUCCGGCGAUACCUUCAUGCCUGUAACUGAGACCGAGCUUGGCCGUGUUGGGCACCUCGCCUGCUGGGAGCAUGGCAACCCAUUCCUCAAGGCCCUCGCAGUGUCCCAAGGCGAGCAGAUUCACGUUGCCGCCUGGCCGGUAUAUAGCAACAGCCAGGUCCUGCCUAUGAGCGACUUGACUUGGGGCUCCGACGUGACUACGUUAGAGUACGCCAUAGAAACUGGCUCGUGGGUUAUCGCGCCUUUCCAGCGCCUUACGGCCGAAGGCGUCAAGAAGAACACACCUCCAGGUUUAACGCCCGACCCCGAUACACCCACGAUCGGAGGAUAUGCACGCAUCUACAAGCCCGGCGGCGCCCUUGCGGUUCCCAACCCUACAGAGGAUUUCGAUGGCCUGUUAAUCGCCGAGAUUGAUCUCGACGCGAUCCAUCUGGUCAAGUCGCACGCCGACUGGGGCGGCCACUAUAUGCGUCCAGACUUGAUCCGGCUCCUUGUUGACACUAGUCGUAAAGGGCUCAUCACAGAGAUUGAUCCUAAUGGGGGGAUUAAGUCUCAUACGACGGCCCAGCACCUCGGUCUUGAUCGUCCAUUGGAUACACCCCGGGAGAAAACUAUGAUUUCACUUCUAUCUGCAAGCAAAAGAAUGCGUAAUAACUGA